UCUUCAAUUCUUUUAUUAUCUUUCAAUGGCAGACUAGAAUUGACCCAACUUUACCCACUUCAAGUCUUCAACAUACCAUCUUGCUCAUCAUUUGCUCCCCCUCAAAUCCAAUAUCAUAAUCCUGAUUCCUGACACAAAAAAACCCUUUUUUUUAAUCAUGGUACAAAUGCUGGUUUUGAUUAAUCAAGCACGCUCCCAAAUCCAGAUCAUGUUUCUGUGUCUCCUUCUAACAUUUUUGCUUCCCAAAGCAGCAGCUGAAGAGACUGAAGCAAAUGCUCUAUUGAAGUGGAAACAAAGCCUUGACAACCAAAGCCAAGCUCUCUUGUCAAAUUGGACAGGUUCUGAUCCAUGCAAAUGGAGAGGAAUCCAGUGUGACAAAUCCAGCUCCAUCUCUAGCAUAAGUCUGGAAAAUUAUGGACUAAAAGGUACACUCCACAAUCUCAGUUUCUCCUCACUCCCCAACCUACUUACCCUAAAUAUCUAUAACAACUCCUUUUCUGGGACCAUCCCCCCACAAGUAGGUAACAUGUCCAAAUUAAAUGUUUUGAACUUGUCUAUAAAUCCCUUUGAUGGUUUCAUUCCUCAAGAGAUUUGGACAUUAAGGACUCUACAUGGCCUUGAUCUUUCCCAAUGUCAACUAGAGGGAGCUAUUCCUAGCUCCAUAGGAAACUUGUCCAAACUAUCAUAUCUAGACUUUAGUACCAACAAGUUGUCUGGCCACAUUCCUCCAGAGAUUGGAAAAUUGAAAAACUUGGAGUAUCUUAGCAUAGCAGACAAUCAACUUUCUGGUCCCAUUCCUAGAGAAAUUGGGAUGCUUACAAAAGUUAGUAUUUUUGACCUCUCACUGAACCCUCUCUCUGGUCCUAUCCCUGAAACAAUAGGUAAUAUGAGCAGUUUAAAUGAAUUUUAUCUUCGCAACACAACCCACUUGUCUGGAACAAUCCCACCUUCCAUAGGGAACCUGUCUAACCUGUCUUUGCUCUACCUUUACAACAAUAAUCUUUCUGGAUCAAUACCAGCUUCCAUAGGAAACUUGGUCAAUUUGAAAGAACUUUGGCUAAGUGACAACAAGCUUUCAGGGCCCAUUCCAUCCACCAUUGGGAGCUUAACAAAGCUCACAGAUUUGUUCUUGCGCUUUAAUCGUCUUUCUGGACCGAUUCCUGCCUCUAUAGGGAACCUGAUCAAUUUGAAUUCCCUGAGUCUCCAACAAAACAAUCUCUCAGGAACUAUUCCUACCACAAUUGGUAAUUUGAAAAAUCUCUUCAAGUUGGAACUGUCCAGCAACAAACUCAAUGGUAGCAUUCUACAGAGCCUGAAUAAUUUAACCAUCUUGGAUACCUUGUUAUUAGACAAUAAUGAUUUCAUUGGCCAUUUGCCACCUGAAAUCUGCUCUGGUGGGUUUCUAAUGUACUUCAUGGCUUUUAACAACCAUUUUACUGGUCCAGUACCAAGAAGCUUGAAGAACUGCUCAAAUAUUGUUAGACUCGCGAUUGAUAAAAAUCAAAUAGAAGGGGACAUAUCACAAGAUUUUGGUGUGUAUCCUGAUGUGGAAUUUGUUGACCUGAGUGACAAUAAAUUGUAUGGCCCCAUUUCACCUAAGUGGGGGAAGAACCUUAAUCUUAACACCCUCAAGUUAUCCAACAAUAACAUUUCUGGUGGCAUACCAAUAGAACUUGUUGGAGCAACCAAGCUUGGCAGGCUUGACCUUUCUUCAAACCACCUGACUGGGAAUCUUCCAAAGGAGCUACGAAGCCUGGCACAAUUAUCUGAGCUCAAGAUUAGUAACAAUGACAUUUCAGGAAUAAUUCCAGCAGAAAUUGGAUUGCUACAGAUGCUUGAAACUUUGGAUCUUGGAGGAAAUGAAUUGAGUGGCACAAUACCAGAAAAAGUUAUGAUCUUACCCAGGUUGCUGAAGUUAAAUUUGAGCAUGAACAAAAUUGAAGGAAACAUUCCCUCACAGUUUACCAAAACUCUGAUCUCUCUGGAUCUUAGUGGCAAUCUAUUGAAUGGAAUGAUACCACCAAGUCUGGGAAAUUCGGAGGACUUGUUAAUGUUGAAUCUCUCACAUAAUAGUCUUUCCGGCACCAUUCCUUCCACUUUCAGUAGAACACUGGAUUUUGUUAACAUAUCAGACAACCAGUUAGAAGGGCCAAUUCCAAACAGUCCAGCUUUUCUUAAUGCUCCAAUUGAAUCAUUUAAAAAUAACAAAGGGCUGUGUGGUAAUGUCAAAGGCCUCAGACGUUGCUCAAAGAGGAACAAAGUCAUCAUGUGGGUACUUCUUGCUGUGGGAAUUGUAAUACUAGUGUUGUGUGGGGUGGGGCUCUCAAUGUAUCUACUUUGUAGAAGUAAACCAAAGGAAGAAAUUCAAUCUGAAGAAGAACCUGAAAGGGUAGCACUCUUUUCCGUGUGGAGCUAUGAUGGAAAGAUAAUGUUUGAGAAUAUCAUUGAAGCUACAGAGAAUUUUGAUGACAAAUAUCUCAUUGGAGUGGGAGGUCAAGGAAACGUUUACAGGGCGUUGUUGCCAGCAGGUUUGGUUGUGGCUGUGAAGAAGCUUCAUUCAGUGACAGAUGAGGAAAUGUCAAAUUUCAGCUCAAAGGCUUUCAUCAGCGAGAUUCAAACCUUGACGGAAAUUAGGCACCGGAAUGUCAUAAAGCUUCAUGGGUUUUGCUUACACUCAAAGUUCUCAUUCUUGGUUUAUGAGUUCUUGGAAGGGGGAAGCUUGGAUCAAGUGCUAAACAGUGACACACAAGCAGCAGCAUUUGAUUGGGAAAAGAGGGUGAAUGUUGUGAAAGGUGUGGCCAACGCUUUGUCCUAUAUGCACCAUGAUUGUUCUCCUCCUAUAAUUCACCGCGACAUAUCAAGCAAGAAUGUUCUUCUAGAUCUUCAAUAUGAAGCUCAUGUCUCUGAUUUUGGAACAGCAAAGUUUCUGAAGCCUGGUUCACAUACUUGGACCGCAUUUGCAGGCACCUUUGGUUAUGCAGCUCCAGAGCUCGCUCAGACAAUGCAAGUGAAUGAGAAAUGUGAUGUAUAUAGCUUUGGGGUGUUUGCUUUGGAAAUCAUCAUGGGAAUGCAUCCAGGAGAUCUUAUUUCUUCAUUGAUGUCACCAUCUACAGUACCAAUGGUUAAUGAUUUGCUAUUGAUUGAUAUUUUAGAUCAAAGACCUCAUCAGGUUGAAAAACCAAUUGAUGAGGAGGUGAUCUUGAUUGCAAGUCUGGCACUUGCUUGCUUGAGGAAAAAUCCACAUUCUCGUCCAACUAUGGAUCAAGUAUCCAAGGCUCUUGUAUUAGGAAAGCCACCUUUGGCUUUGGGGUACCAGUUUCCUAUGGUAAGAGUAGGACAACUCCACUAAAUCAUCUCUUGUACAUUAUUGACAGUUGAAGUAAGUGUGUAAAGACAUUUUUGGUCCAUCGUUGAACCAGUCAAUUCUAACUGUUAGAUACAAAAUUUAAAUUGAUGGUCAAGAUUGAAUGCAUAGUGAAAGGGCAAAAAUAAAAAACUUGAAUUUAUUUCUCA